GUCCCCGGCCCCCUUGCUACUAAAGGCCAUCCCCCAACCAGACAGAGCUAGUACUACUAGCACUGCGCCGCAGCAAUGGUGGCUUCCCCCGCCGCAUAAAUCCCACCACUCGCGCUCCCUUGGCGUGUUCCGCCGCGGCUGGGCUUCCUUUCCUUCCCUCACCUCGCGCGGGCGCGGCGCCGCCGUGGACAUGGCGACGGGGGAGUGGGAGCUGCGGGAGGAGGACGCCUCCGAGUACGAGUUCGACCUCGAGAACCCCUUCACCAGCCCCGCCGACGAGCCGAUCGCCAGCCUCCUCGAAGCCGAGGGCCACCACGCGCCCUCCGUCUCCGCCGCGGCCUCCGCCGCCCGCCGCGACGCCGCCGGCUUCAUCUCUAAGGUGCGGUUCGGCGGGGAGCUCGCCGUGAACCCGCGCGUCGCCUACCUCGCGCUCAACUACGUGGAUCGCUUCCUCUCCAAGAACCAAUUGCCGUGCGAGCAGCAGCCGUGGGCGCCGCGCCUGCUCGCCAUCAGCUGCCUUUCCCUCGCCGCCAAGAUGCAGCGCGUCGCAGCCUUCUCCAUCGCCGACAUCCAGAGGGACGAGGAGUUCAUGUUCGACGCGGUGACCGUCCGUCGCAUGGAGCGCGUACUGCUGGACGCGCUGGAGUGGCGCGCGCGCUCCGUCACGCCGCUCGCCUUCCUCGGCUUCUUCAUCUCCGCCUGCUACCCGCCGCCGCGGCACCCGCUACAGGUCGCCGCCGUCAAGGCGCGCGCCGUCGACAUCCUCCUCCGCGCCCAGCCCGAGGUCAAGAUGGCGGAGUUCUCGCCCUCCGUGGCGGCCGCGGCGGCACUGCUCGCCGCCGCCGGAGAGGUCACCGCCGCGAACCUCCCCGUGUUCCAAGCCGGCGUCGCCGCCUGCCCCUUUGUAAAUAGCGACAAGCUGCGAGAGUGCGGUGAGGUGCUGGCGGCGGCGUGCGGCGUCGGGCCGGGGCGGGCGGCGGCGAGCGCGGACACGCCGGUGACGGUGCUCGGUCACCACCGCAGCGCCAGCUCCGCCUCCGAGAGCGACUGGACCGUCGGAUCGGCGGCCAACGGCGGCGACGCGAAGAAGCGCUGCAUGGGCCCACCAUCGCAGUGGGGUUAGGCGGCUGACCGAGUCAAGCGGGUGGCUUGGCACAGCUGGAUGGAAGAGUUGGAAAUUUACUCUUGCCCUGCCCCUUUUCCGAUUUUUUCACCCUUUUUCUUUUCAAUUCUUUUUCUUCUACUUUAAUCCUCUCGAGGUAAAGUGGUGGGGAUGGAUAGAAUUUGGUGGUGGUGUCUGUCAUUUAGUAGCUCCUUUUGCUAGUUUCUCUCUUUUUUGGGGGAGCCUAGUUAUGGUAAUUUUUGCGGCAGUGCUCUAGAAGGUGAGGAUGGUGGAUGAACAUAUUGGGAUGCGAGGGGGGGGGGGGGGGGUUCGAAAUGAUGUGAAAUGGCAGAAAAUAAAACCAAAAAGGCAUGUUGCUUGUCACCCCUAUUUGAUCUC